AUGGAAGAUCAUUUAACUAUAUCAGGAGGAGGUAAACCUCUUGUUUGGAAGAAAUCAGCAUGGAGUAAUGCAGUAUCAUUAUAUGGUGAAUUGGUUGAUACUUGUGUAAAAGAUACUCAAUUUACAAGAGGAGUAGCCAAUUUAUUAGAUUCAGCAGAAGUAGAUUCAUUUGCAAAGACAGUGGUCAAUAUUUAUACAACUGCAGGAAAGACAUUACCAUUGAUCAAAGAUCUAAUCUAUACAGAGUUUGAUACAAAGGCUGGUGCUGAAGGUGAAGGUUCUAUUCUACGUGGUAACAACAUUGUCAACAAGAUUGAAGGUGCAUACGUUCGAUUGGUCGGAGCUAAUUAUUUACGUUUUGUACUAUCGGAUUUGGUGUCACGAGUCGUUCACGAUAAUAAUAUGUGUCUUGAAAUAGAUCCACGUAAAUUAAAGUCUUAUAUGGAAGAUGUUGAAAAGAAUCGUCAUCAUCAUCAAGAUAAUGACAAAGAGACUAGUAGCGGUAGCGGUAGUAGUAGUAGUAAUACAAGUCCAAAAGAGAAUAGUGGUGGUAAUGCAACAACCAACAACAAGGAAACACCUGCAAGCCCAUCUAUACCAUUCGAUGCUGAAAGAGUAUUAAAAGAAAAUAGACAAAAUCUAAUGGAGAUUUCACAAUUGUUUAUUGACCGUAUUACCGAUCCAACAGUGGUAGAGGAAAUGCCAAGAGAGAUUAGAGCAGUGGCAGACUAUACUGCAGAGUCUGCACUAAAGUAUGCACCAGAGAGUUUGGCACCACUGAUUGGUGGGUUUAUCAUGCUCCGUUUCUUUUCACCUGCCAUUGUCACACCAGAGUAUAGCAAGUUGAUCUCCUCCGACACUGUACCAUCGACUCGUGCCAAGAGAAAUCUCGUCCUUUUAGCCAAGGUACUUCAAAACACAUCCAAUGGUGUUCAAUUUGGUGGCAAAGAAGAUUACAUGACUUGUAUGAAUCAAUUCAUCAUUGAAAACAAAGAGAAAAUGACAAGUUACUUUAAAAUGAUUUGUAAAGAUACUUCAUCUUUAUCUUCUUCAUCUUCAUCGUCAUUGUCAUCAAGUGGUCAAAAAUGGAGUGAUUUGGAAGGUAGUCAACCACCAUCGUCACCAUCAUCACCUGUAUCAUUGACAGCAUCUGCACCUACCACUUGGACAUCAGUCUCUAAAUCAUCCAAUAGUAGAUCUAUAUCACCAUCAUCGGCAAUGUUAACAAAGGGAUCAGGUGGUAGUUCAACUACAGGUGCAGGUAGUGCCAAUACUCCAAGUAAAUCUGGUGGUUGGACUAUUACAACACCAUCAACAUUGGCUCCAACUCCAUCUCCUUCUUCUUCUUCCUCAUCAUCGGCAGCUGGUAAAAGAGCAACAUCACCAUCACCAAUUGUCCUACCAUCAAACUCUUCAUCCAAUUCAUCUUCAUCAUUUUCAUGGGAUGGAUAUAUUAAAAAUCUUGAAAUUCAAGAUUUAUUUGAUUUCCAUCGUAUAUUGGAUUUAUAUAAAGACAAGAUAUUGACGAAAUUAGUAUCAACCAAUAACAAGGCAGCAGGUCGUAUAUUGGAAUUAUUAAGAGAACUUGGACCAUCACCCAAAACAAAGGUUGAAAAGAAAAAACAAGAAACUGAUCAUGCACAACAACAACAACAACAACUUGGACCAGGAGGUUUUGAUGAUCUCACAUUCCAACUUGAACGUGCACGGUUUCUCUUUCAAGGUCCAAAUGACAAGCAUGAUAGACCUGUUUUCUAUCUUAUUGUCAAUCGUGUCAAAGCAGAACUAUUUGACAAUGUCAAUCCUCUGAUUGCCCAUAUUUUCAAGGUUAUGGAUUCAUGUGUCAAUGUCUCUUAUACACUCAUUGUUGAUAUGUCUUGGGCUCAUAUUUCAUCUGAUCUUAAAAAGGCAAUCUUUAAUCAUUUACCAAAAUUGGCUGAAGUAUUUUCAAGAAAAUAUAAAAAGAAUAUUGAUAAAUUAUUUAUUGUACAUCCAUCAGCAUAUACAAGAGCUGUAAUUAAUUUUAUGAGAGCAUUUACAAGUCGUAAAUUAAAAAGAAAGAUUCAUGAUGUAUACAAUUGGAAACAAUUAACUUCUUUUAUCGAUACUGAAAAUAUUGCUCUUCCAGAAACUAGUAAAGAUUAUAUUACUAAAAGUUAUAGAGUUGUUAAAGUUAAUUCAAAAGGAAAAAGACAAGAAAGAUUAAUUAAAUUUACAAGUAAUUCAAUUUUAAAUAUUGAUCCAAAUUCUAAAAAGAUUCAAAAUGAAAAGAGAAUUGAGGAGAUUGAAGAAAUUACAAGUGCAGCAGGAUCAAUUGAAAUUGGAAUGAAAUUUACAAGUGGUUCUUUACUCGUUGGUAAUAAUAAUAAUAGUAGUAAUGUGAACAAAAAAAUGGGAUUUUUAUCAAUCAAAGUACCAGGUCCAGGUUCUGGACAUCAUCAAAAUGAUGCAUCAUCUACAAGAAAAUAUGUUUGUAAUGGAGAAUUGGAAAGGGAUCAUAUUAUUCAAGAUAUUUUUGAAGCUGGUUUUAAAAUGGGAUUGGCAAGACUGUCUCAAAGUAAAGGAUCACUUUCACAUGAUCCAUCGGUCAAUGAAUUCAAGGUGAUCAAAGUUAAUGGUGCAGGUAAACAUCAAGAUCGUAUUUUCAAACUUACCAUUGAUUCGCUGUUUAACUUGGACCAACAAAGAAUCAAGAGUGAAAAUUCGUAUGCCGGUAUUGAAGAGGUUAGUGUCGACACUGAAAACAAUGACAUUGUAUGGUUGAAAUUCAAAUCUGAACCAAACAAGAGAAAAAUCAUUUGUCAUCAUGGUGAAGGCAAACAACUACACGAUGUCUUGACAGAAGUCAUCAACAAAUACCAAAAAUCUAUUGAUCUUCAAGAAGAAGUUGAAGAAUUGGAUUUUGUAAAUUUACAAAAGUAA